CCUCUGAACAACCAGCUAUUCAAACUGUCAAUUCAAUUAUUUAACAGGACUGCUCGACCCGAGAUCCUGUAAAACUUUUCUCCUGCUGAAACUUCAAGUCUUCAAUAAUACCCUGAAGAAUUUUGAGUGUGGUAAAAUGUCAUCUGUGCUGCUGAAUGUUCAACUGAAAAUGGACACCAAGGACCUUCAGAUUCAGACUUUAACAGUGGAAAGACUGAUCCAACCUUUAAUAAUACAGGUCACAACUUUAGUGAACUGUGUCAAGGACCCUUCAAAGAACAAGAAGGGACGAUCAAAGAGGGCUAGUGUUCUCCUGGCAUCGGUGGAAGAAGCUACAACCAAUUUAAUUGAAAAGGGCGAUCAAAUUGCCAAUGACAGUACUUUUCUAAAGGCAGAACUUAUAAAAGCAGUGGAGAAUGUGCGAAAAGAAGGUGAAAUCAUGAGAGUUGCAUCAAGAGAAUUCACAGAUGACCCAUGUGCCUUGCUGAAACGAGAAGGGGUGGUUAAUGCUGCGCAAGCUCUCCUUACUGCUGUGACCCGACUCCUUAUUCUGGCAGACAUUACUGAUGUUAUGUAUCUCUUGCAGCAUCUCAUGGUUGUCCAGAAAUCAUUUGCAUUGUUGAUGAGCAUGACAAAUAAAGGUGAACUGACCAAGGCCUACACAAGUUUUGGGCAGGAUUUAGCCAAAUUGGAUCUUCUGACUCAGAAACGACAACAGGACCUGAAGUCACCCAGCCAGCGUGAGGACCUGUCUGCUGCCCGUGCUUGCUUGAAGCAGACCUCCAUCCUGUUAUAUUCUACCUCCAUGGCGUGCCUAGAUCACCCUGAAAUUGCUGCUCUCCAGGCUGGCAGACAGUCCGUCCACAAUGAGAUACAAGAUGCAUUCACUGUGAUCUCUGAUGCCGUGCAGGGAAUUGCAUGUCCAAAUUCCCAAGCUGUAUCGGAUACCCAAUCUCUGGUUGGAGCUCUUGAUGAGUUUGAGAGUGCGAUCGUGACCAAACCCCUUGCAAUCCACGAAGACGAUCUGAGGUCUAUGUUGGAAAGAAGGCUGGAAGGUAUAGUUAGUGAAGCUGCUAUAAUGGCGGAUUCCUCCUGCACACGUGACGUGCAUCGUGAGCACAUUAUAAUAGAGUGCAAUGCAGUGCGCCAAGCACUUCAGGAUCUACUGUCUGAAUAUAUGAGCAACGCUGAACACAAAGAGACUAACGACACUGUGAAUGCUGCCAUUGAAGACCUGUGCAAGGAGACCAGGCACCUCCGCAGACAGCUUCGGAAAGCGAUUAUUGACCACGUGUCUGAUUCCUUCCUGGACACCAAUGUUCCCCUCCUAGUUCUGAUUGAAGCUGCAAGAAAUGGAAAUGAAAAGGACGUCAAAGAAUAUGCAGCUAUAUUCAGAGAGCACGCCAGUAAACUUGUAGAGGUGGCCAAUCUCGCUUGCUCAAUGUCAACCAAUAAGGAAGGAACCAAACUUAUUCAACUGGCAGCUCACCGCAUCGAGACCAUGUGUCCUCAGGUCAUCAAUGCUGCACUAGCUCUAGCUUCUUCCCCAAAAGGUCAAAGUAUCAGAAUUAACAUGGAGAUGUACAAGAAGGCCUGGGAGAGCCACAUCCACCUCCUCACUGAAGCAGUGGACGAUGUCACCAGCAUUGAUGACUUCCUCGCCAUCUCUGAAUGCCACAUUCUAGAAGAUGUGAACAAAUGCAUUGUCGCUUUGAGGGAGCGUGACACAGAUGCUAUGGACCGUGCAGCGGGGGCUAUUCAGGGACGAGCUACCAGGGUUGCUCAUGCUGUCACCUGUGAGAUGAAUAACUAUGAGCCUGGUGUCUACACAGAGGGAGUGAUGAAAACCGUACAAUAUUUGGUGGAAUUUGCUGUUGUACAGUUCAGCACACAAAUGAAUAUUGCUCUGGAGAAACUCAACAUUGACUCGCCACACCAGUUUGAUGACACUGAGUUUGUGGAGGCUUCCAAGAAGGUUUAUGAUGCUGUCCACGACACUCGAUGUGCCGUUCUGAUGAUCAUGACCCCUGAAGAACUUGAAGACGUGUCUGACCUUGAGGACGAUCAUGAUGUUCAAAGUCGCUCCAGUAUUCAGACAGAGGGGAAAACUGACAGAAGUAAGAUUGCUGAACUACCUGAAGAAGAAAGAGCGAAGCUUGCUGAACAAGUUGCUGAUUUCAGGACAGUUAAGAACAGGCUGGACGCAGAGAUUGAGAUCUGGGAUGAGACCAGCAAUGACAUCAUUGUACUUGCUAAAAAGAUGUGCAUGAUCCUGAUGGAGAUGACUGAUUUCACCAGAGGAAGAGGACCCCUGAAGAACACGUCUGACGUAAUCAAUGCAGCCAAAACAAUUUCGGAAUCCGGAAGUAGGAUGGAUAUAUUAGUGCGUCAGAUAGCAAGCCAGUGCCAGGAUCCAUCUUGCAAACAAGAUUUGUUGGCGUACCUGAAGCAAAUCAAACUCUACUCCCAUCAGCUCAAGAUCUGCAGCAAAGUCAAAGCUGAGAUUCAGAAUCUGAGUGGAGAGCUCAUUAUUUCUGCAUUGGACAGUAUUACUUCCCUCAUUCAGGCUGCCAAGAAUUUGAUGAAUACAGUGGUGGACACAGUGAAGAUGUCAUACAUCGCAUCAACCAAGAUCAUUAGACUGCAGAGCCCCUCGGAGGCCGGCCACUCUGUCGUCAUGUGGAGGAUGAAGGUUCCGGAAAAGAAACCGUUGAUCAAACGGGAAAAGCCUGAAGACCUGUCCGCUGCAGUGAGGAAGGGCUCUGUUACGAAAAAGAUCCACCCUGUUAAAGCGAUGAGUGAGUUCAGAGGAAGGAAGGCUCAUUAAAACCACCAACAUACAUCAUUCAAUCAUUAGGAGGGUGAAUCGCUUUGCAUUAUUAAGCUGCAUGAUGCCUGGCAAUUAGAAACAU